AUGGACGUCGAUACACAGCCAGCCAGCCUGCUGUUGGCCGCAGCAGCAUGUGCUGACCAGGGCUCUCUGGGCAGGCUUGGGCCAAUGGCGUCCAGCCGUUGGCAAGCAUUCGCCCCGUGUUGCCUCAUCGCCAUGUCCUCGUCCGCAUUAGGGCCAGUGGGGCAGUUCGGCCAGACGACCAAAAUUUCCAGCGACAGCGAGGGGCACGCGACCGGCGCUGCUCGAGGCGCCCCGGCCACGGCCUCUGGACGGUGCUCGCCAGCAAUUGCGCUCCAGAAAAACAAAAACACCACCGGCCAUCGAGGACACCGUCGUGGCGCUCGUGUUUUCCCGCUGUCUGGCCUGGUUGCUCGACAUGGAGUCAUCGCUGCAGGCAGGCAGGACUAG